UGGCUGGUUUUCCUGACUGGUUUUCCUCACUGGUUUUCCUGGCUGCUUUUCCUGAGUAAUUUUCCUGACUGCAUUUCCUGGCUGCUUUUCCUGAUGGUUUCCUGACUGCUUUUCCUGUCUGGUUUUCCUGAUGGUUUCCUGACUGUUUUUCCUGAUGAUUUUCCUGGCUGCUUUUCCUGACUCGUUUUCUGAUUAUUUUCCUGACUUCUUUUCCUGAUGGUUUUCCUGACUGCUUUUCCUGGCUGGGGUGGGUAUCACCAAAACCAGGGAGGUCUGGGUGGAAGCCCUGCAGGGAGGGCUGUCCAGGGUGGCACCGGGAUGGUUUGGGGGAUGCAGGAGCAGGUCCAGCCCAAAUACAGACGAUGCCCAUCAUUGUCCCCACCUGAGGGGCGGAGAGUGGCACCAUUUGUGGCUUCACGGUGAGGUGGCGAUGCCCGGGCUAAGGUGGGCACGUGCAAGUAGCUCAGGGGCUGGCUCAGAGUGCCUGGCACCACAUCCCUGAGUCAGGGAUGUGCCACGCUCUGGGCUGGGCACCGACCUCAUCCAGCCCGGCCCUGGGGCUCACCAAGGCACAACCAGCCCUGGCAGGGGCUGCAGGAUGGGCAGAGGGAGUGAACCCAGAGUUUCCCCUGGCAGAACCAGCCCUGGGAGUGAACCCGGAGUUCUCCCUGGCAGAACCAGCCCUGGGAAUGAACCCGGGGUUACCCCUGGCAGAGCCAGCCCUGGGGGUGAACCCGGGGUUACCCCUGGCAGAACCAGCCCUGGGAGUGAACCCGGGGUUACCCCUGGCAGAACCAGCCCUUGCCAGGACAGGAAGGGGUGGCACUGCCCACCCAGCACGGUCUGACCACCGGGGCAGCUGGAACUGCCCCAGCCAACGCCACCCCUGCUCUCCCCCUUGCAGCAUGACGGAGAAGGAGGUGCCAGAGCCGCCGGCUUCACCUGCUUCAGGUGGGAAACCCAAGAGCCGGGUAAGUGGGUGCCCACGGGGCAGUUUGGGUGGGUGGGCGAAGCCCCCCUCUCUAUCAUCAUCCUGCCGCAGCCCCAGGAGGAUUUGGGAGGCCGGGGGUGCCUGGUGGGACCCUGAUCCAGCCGGGUGUUGGGUGGGCAUUUCCCAGCUUGGCAUUUCCCUGGCGUGCCCAGGGUGCUCAGGAGCCACAGCUUCCAUUUUUUUGUGGAGACUUCACGGGACUGGGAGGAGGAUCCCCAUCUCCAGAGCCUUCCCGGAGUCUCCUCCCGCUCGUGGAGGGGGUCGCUGGGGCGAGGAGCUGGGCUCGGGGUGUCUGCCGUCCUUCCUCCCCGCACUGCCACACACCGGCCGCCCCCUCCUGCCCCCGCAGCUGCAGAAGCUGAAGCAACUUUUCCAGCGAAAACCCAAAGAGGAGCCGGCGCAGGAGCCACAGCCCAACGGGGAGCUGGUCAGCCCCUCGGGGGGACCCAUCUACUACAUCUAUGAGGAUGAUGAAGAGGAGGAAGAGGAGGAGGAGCCCGAGCCCCCUCCCGAACCGGAGAAACUCGUUAACGACAAACCCCACAAGUUCAAAGACCAUUACUUCAAAAAGCCCAAAUUUUGCGAUGUUUGUGCCCGCAUGAUCGUCCUCAACAACAAAUUUGGCCUGAGGUGCAAGAACUGCAAAACCAACAUCCACCACCACUGCCAGUCCUACGUGGAGAUGCAGCGCUGCUUCGGCAAGAUCCCUCCCGGGUUCCGGCGGGCGUACAGCUCCCCCCUCUACAGCGACCAGCAGUUCGCCGGCACCAAGGACCAGCUCGCAAACAGGAGCGACCCCGUGUUCGAGACGCUGCGGACCGGAGUGAUCAUGGCCAACAAGGAGCGCAAGAAGGGCCAGGACGACAAGAAGAACCCCUUGGCUGCGAUGAUGGACGAGGAGUCGGAGGCCGCGAAGCCGGUGGGGAGCAAAGCUGAGGGUGGUGCCGCCGAGGGGGACAAGAAGGCUGAGAAGAGCCCAGCAGAUGACAAGAGCAAGAAGCCACAGCCAGGGGGGUUCCUGCAGUCCCACUAUUUCGUGGCACUUUAUCGCUUCAAAGCCCUGGAGAAGGACGACCUGGACUUCCCGCCGGGGGAGAAGAUCACGGUGGUCGAUGACUCCAACGAGGAGUGGUGGCGGGGGAAGAUCGGGGAGAAAGUCGGGUAUUUCCCCCCCAACUUCAUCAUCCGGGUGCGGGCAGGCGAGCGGGUGCACAAGGUCACGCGUUCCUUCGUGGGCAACCGGGAAAUCGGGCAGAUCACGCUCAAAAAGGAUCAGAUCGUGGUGCAGAAGGGGGAGGAGGUGAACGGUUACGUCAAAGUCUUCACGGGCCGCAAAGUGGGGCUGUUCCCUGUGGACUUCCUGGAGGAGAUCUGAGGGGGGCUGCGGGGCUGGGG